AUGAGGACGGGCACCUUGGCAAGGCCAGUGCUGGCACACCCUGUGGCUUCUGCAGGUGCACCUGACUGUGGCCGCUGCCGCUGGCACAUUAAAGCUGCCAGGAUGCCAAGCGUGGCCGCCCUGCUGGCCUUAGUGCUGGUCAGGGCCCAGCUGGGCCUGGUGAGUGGGGGCAGAGAAAGGAAGCAGCCGCACAGGCUUGGAGGGGUCUUGGGGUGUCAGGAAGAAGAGAAGGGGACAGCCAGGCCUCUUCCCAGGAAAGUCUUUGCAGGGGGCACCCACAUCCUCCUCAGGCCAAUGGCUCUGGGGGGUCUGGAAGACUGGCUCUUCCCAGUGGGGCCCAGGGUUAAUGCGGGGAUACACCUGGGGCUGGCCCCCCUGCCCCUCACUGACCAUCCCUCUGUCCUUCCCUCCCUGGGCUGGGGGACCGUCUCCUGUGGUGGACGCCAGGCCGCUGCUCCCACUGAGAUCCACCGUGAGGGGUACUGCGCUUUCUACGGCGACUGUGGCAAGAACCCCGAAAUCAGCGGCAGCCUCCUCCCGGGCAACACAGUACCCUGCCUCUCCAACACUCCUGCCCGGCGGGUCUCAGGGCUCCAUCUGCAGCGACUGCGCUCCAUCUGCCCGGCCCUCUUCACAGGCACAGAAAACACCUUGGCCUGCUGCUCGGAGGGCCAGCUGGAAGCCAUUGAAAGGAGCCUCCGUGUCUCCCAGGUGGUGCUCUCCCGCUGCCCUGCCUGUGCCGAGAACUUCGCCAACCUCUACUGCCAGAACAUCUGCAGCCCGAACCAGAGUGUCUUCACCAAUGUCACACGCACCUUCAGCCUCACCACCAACAAUGGCAGCCUGGCAGUGGGCAUCCUGGAGUACCAGUGCUACUACAACCAGGCCUUUGCAGACGCCUCCUAUGACUCCUGCAAGGGGGUGCAGAUCCCAGCCACCGGUGGGUACGCCAUCGGAGCCAUGUGUGGCAAGUAUGGGGCAGCCCUGUGCAACACCCAGCGCUGGCUGGACUACCAGGGGGACCCCAGCAAUGGCCUGGCCCCCUUGGCUAUUUCCUACCAUCUGAUACCCGAGGGCUCUCCUGUCAUUGGAGGUGGCAUUGUGCCAUUCAGUGGGGUGGCCUGGCAGUGCAACAAACCCGUGGGCAAUGGGACUGGAGAGAAGUGCUCCUGCCAGGACUGUGCCCAGUCGUGUCCGGCCAUAACAGCCCCCUCGCCUCCGGUGCCACCCUUCCAGGUCAGGGGCCUGAAUGGAGCCCUCUUUGUGUGCAUCAUCCUCUUCUGUGUCCUCAUGGUGGCCUUUGCGGCUGCACUUCUGUGGCGCAGCUGCUCUUCCUCACCAGCGGAGAAGCCAAAGGAGUCCAGGGUAAGGAUGCCUUGCUCCGAGAAACUUAGCCAGGCCACCGACAAGUUCAUGGCCCAGGCCUUCAGCCGCUGGGGGACGCUGGUGGCCUCCUACCCACGCACAGUCAUCCUCAUCUCUGUGGUAGUGGUGGUGGUCCUCUCCAAUGGACUGGUUUGGAUCCAACUCACCACAAACCCGGUGGAGCUCUGGUCUUCCCCUGAGAGCCAGGCCCGGCAAGAGAAGGCCUUCUAUGAGGAGAACUUUGGCCCCUUCUUCAGGACCAACCAGGCCAUCCUGACGGUCAAAAACCAGUCCGGCUACACCUACGACUCACUGGUCAUGGGCAGGACCAACUUCAGCAGUGUCCUUUCCAUGGAAGUGCUGCUGGACCUUCUGGAGCUGCAGAGGAGGGUCCAGAGCAUCACUGUCUGGUCAGCAGCGCACAGCCAGAACGUCUCACUGCAGGACGUUUGCUACGCCCCCCUGAACCCCCAAAAUGCCAGUCUCACUGACUGUGCCCUCAACAGUCUGCUCCAGUACUUCCAGAACAACCAGACACGCCUGAAGAUGACGGCCAGCCAGACUCUGAAGGGGGAAACAGGGACCGUUGAUUGGAGGGACCACUUUCUCUAUUGCAUCAACUCCCCCCUCUCUUUCAAAGACAUCACAGCACUGGAGCUGAGCUGUAUGGCCGAUUAUGGGGCACCCGUCUUCCCAUUCCUGGCUGUGGGGGGCUACUCAGGGGUGGCGUACUCAGAGGCACAAGCUCUCAUCCUGACCGUCUCCCUGAACAACUUCCCUUCUGGUGACCCCCGUUUUGACUUUGUGAUGUUGUGGGAAAAGCAAUUCCUGAAAAUUUUAGAGGAAUUCCAGCAGGAAUACGCUGACCGCUACACCGUGGCCUACAUGGCUGAGCGGUCCCUGGAGGAUGAGAUCAGCCGGUCCACCUGGGAGGACCUCCCAGUCUUUGCCCUCAGCUACCUCCUGAUCUUUGCCUACAUCGCCCUGGCUCUGGGGCAGUACUCCAGCUGCAAACGCAUCCCGGUGGACUCCAAGGUGACGCUGGGCCUGGGGGGGAUCCUGGUGGUGCUGGGGGCCGUCCUCUCCUCGCUGGGCUUUUACUCCUACAUGGGAGUGCCCUCCUCCCUCAUCAUCCUCGAGGUCGUGCCCUUCCUGGUCCUGGCCCUGGGUGCAGACAACAUCUUCAUCUUCGUGCUGGAGUUCCAGCGCUCUGAAGCCCAACCUGGGGAGACCCCUGAGGAGCGCAUUGGACGGGUCUUGGGGGAUGUGGCGCCCAGCAUGCUCCUCUGCAGCCUUUCAGAGGUGAUCUGCUUCUUCUUGGGUGGCCUCACCCCGAUGCCCGCUGUCAAGACCUUUGCCCUCUACGCCGCUAUGGCAGUCUUCUUUGACUUCUUGCUCCAAAUGUCGGCCUUUGUAGCCCUGCUGUCUCUGGAUGCCCGUCGGCAGGAGGCCUCCCGCCUGGACUUAUGCUGCUGCAUCCGCCUGGAGGGUGACAAUGACGGGGCUCCUGAGAAGCAGCACGAAGGGCUCCUCUGUGCUUUCAUGCGCCGCUUUUAUGCGCCUUUCCUGCUCAAUGGCUUUGUCCGGUUCCUGGUUGUGUUGCUCUUCUCCUUCAUGUUCUGCGCAGGAAUAUUCCUGAUGCUCAACGUCCAGGUGGGGCUGGAGCAGGAGCUGUCGGUGCCCACGGAUUCCUACAUGCUCCAGUACUUCCAGUACCUGAACCAGUACCUGAUGGUGGGGGCGCCCACCUACUUUGUCACUUCUGGGGGCUACAACUUCUCUACAGUGCCAGGAAUGAACGGUGUCUGUUCCAGCUCAGGCUGCGACGAGAACUCCAUGCUACAGAAGAUCCAGUAUGCCACGCGGUUCCCAGAGCAGUCCUUCCUGGCCAUUCCAGCCACUUCCUGGGUGGACGACUUCAUCGACUGGCUGAAUCCUUUCUCCAGCUGUUGCCGAAUCCACAGUUUUGGCUCACAAAAGGGCGAGUUCUGCCCCUCCACUGACCCCUCCCUGUCCUGCAUCUUCCAGAAGUGCAUGGCCAUCCCAACCGGGACCCUACGGCCAAGUGUGGAGGAGUUUGACCGAUUCCUGCCCUGGUUCCUCCAUGACAAGCCCAACCUGAGCUGCUCCAAGGGGGGCCUGGGGGCCUACGACACAUCUGUGAAGCUGGGGCCCGAGGGGCAGGUUCUGGCCUCUCGCUUCAUGGCCUACCACACCCCGCUGAAGAACUCCCAGGAGUACACAGCCGCCCUGAAAGUCGCCAGGGAGCUGGCUGCCAACAUCACGGCCAGUAUGCGGGAAGUGCCCGGCACUGACCCCGACUUCCAGGUCUUCCCCUACACGAUCACCUACGUGUUUUAUGAGCAGUACCUGGCCAUCGCCAUGACUGGCUUCAUCAAUGUGAUAGUCUGCUUGGUGCCCACCUUUCUCGUGUGCUACAUCCUCCUGGGCAUGGACUUGCGCUCGGCUGCCGUCAACCUGGUCACCAUUGUCAUGAUUGUGGUGGACACUGUGGGCGCCAUGACCCUGUGGGGUGUCUCCUUCAACGCCAUUUCCCUCAUCAACCUGGUGGCAGCUGUGGGCAUCUCUGUAGAGUUUGUCUCCCACAUCACACGCUCCUUCGCCAUCAGCACACUGCCCACCAAAGUGGAGAGGGCUAAGGAAGCUACGGUCAACAUGGGGAGCGCGGUGUUUGCUGGGGUGGCUAUGACCAACCUUCCAGGGGUAGUGGUGCUGGCCUUUGCCAAGGCCCAGCUGGUGCAGCUCUUCUUCUUCCGCCUCAACCUCCUCAUCACUCUGCUGGGGAUGCUCCACGGCCUGGUCUUCCUGCCUGUCAUCCUCAGCUAUUUCGGUAAAGCCUUUUGCCCGCCUGCCCAGUUGGCCUUUGCCCCCGACCUGGGCAGCAGUUGGGGGAUUCUAUAGAAAAGGAAGGCUUUUGGAGGAGAGU